CCACCCAGCGUAUCACCACAUCCUUAUUCCACUCCACCGCUGACAAUUGCACGCCCCGCCACUGGCUGCUGCGCACAACACGACGUCUUGCUCCGCCCCGCGGGCCCGGGGCGCUGAGGGCCACUAGGACCACGGCGACUGAUGAGACGGCGGACGUGGGAGACGCAGGUGGGGGGGUGGGGGGUGUGCUUCGGCCGUCGGGCCUGCCUCUCCGAAUGGUAUCAGGGAUGGCGGAACAUGAAAGUUUGGGUGGUGGGUACUCGCUCACCCAGCCUCGAGUUUGGCAAAGACAAGCGUCUGAUUGGCCUCGACAUUCUCGCCCGAUGCAUGUCUCACGCGCGACACGAUGGCGCCGGCCUUGGGCGCCUUGGCACGCUUGCGCGAUCGGCCGGCGUUGGCGCAGACAACGUGCCAUGUAGCGACGGCGCGGCGAGGAUACCGAGCCGCAGCGUGUGCCACGUAGCGAGCUGUGGGGAUGCUGACCGAGGCCACGUCGGGGGCGGCCUCACAGACGCGUCGGCGGGGACGCGUCGACGUCUUCCGAAGCUAUGCAGGAACGGACUCCGUCUUCGGAGUCAGCGGAACAUGUCUUUCGGGUCGCCCCUAACGUCACAGGCACACCCGCUGCUGUUCUGUGAAAAGCGCUCGCCGUCGCAGUGCAUGGUCAUUGGCUAGCUGCCGCACAAGCAGAUAUCUUGGCCAUGUACGUACAGCGCGUCCAUCCAGCGCGGUGGGCAGUGUCGGCCUACUGC